AUGCCUCCUCCCAAGACCCCCUUCCACAUCGAUGCUCUCCUCGCCGAACCCCCGCGGCCCGGCCCCGCCGCUCCCUGCCCGCCGCCCCCCGUCCCGCUCCCCAUCCCGGGACCGGGAGCCUGGGGCUGGGGCUGCCGCUGGGGAGGAGGUCUGGAGUUGUCUCACUGCGCAGGGGCUGACCCACUGGGCCCUGCUGUGCUGUGGAGGCCCGGGGGGGCCUGCAAAAUGAAGAGGGUCCGCACAGUCUUCAAACCAGAGCAGCUGGAGCGGCUGGAACAAGAGUUCCUCAAGCAGCAGUACAUGGUGGGCACAGAGAGAGUGGACCUGGCUGCAACGCUGCGUCUCACAGAGACCCAGGUGAAAGUCUGGUUCCAGAACCGGAGGAUCAAAUGGAGGAAGCAGAGCAUGGAGCAGAAGAAGGCAAAGCUGUCACAGUUUGGGGUGAUGCAGCCUGCCUCUGCUGGCCCCACGGAUGUCAAGGAGCAUGAGGAGGACACAGUGGAAGUUGAGCUUUGAGCAGCUGAUGGGAUGCAGCUGCCACUGCUGUUUUCACAGCCGUGCCUGCCUGAUGGAGGUACUGGGGAUGCAGGCACGCCUGUGCUUGCUUGGUCCGAGCUAGACUUGAAGUUCUUGCUCUGAGAGUUUUGAGCUACAGAACUAAACUGCCACUGGUUGGGAGGAAGCCUCCAAGUGUAGAGACCCCUAUUUGGUAACCGGUGCUGAAACUCUUGGGCUUGAUGGUGCCAUCGUUGUGGCAAAGCGUGUGAUCUCAUUUGCCAUCAAAGUGCUAGCAAGCACAGUUUCCAGAAGAGAGGCUGGGGUGACAGUCAGACCAUGUCUGAGGGCUGUGAGCACGGCAGCAUCUGAACAUGGGGUCACUCGUGUUGCAGGUGACUGUGUGCUCCUGCGAGGGAGACCCGUGCUGGGAGGAGAUUUGGCUCUGAUUGUUUCUCCUGGCCAUCUUGAUUCCCACGUUGGAUGCUGAGAUCACGACAACAACAAAAAAAAGUGAAAAAAGGAAAGUCCUUUGCUC